CGCCGAUUUUGAUUCCUGCCACCAACAGUUGCCUCUUCAAAGGUGAUGGUCAAUGAAUCGGCGAACCUCAGCUAACUGAAAUGGAGAAAUCUUUACACACCCCGUUGCGGCAAUCGCCCAGCCCGCGCACCACCUGGAAGUCAUGGCUUGGAGCCGUCUGCGUCUCGGCGCUGAUGCUAAGUGCCGUGCGCACGUGGUCGCCGACCUCAACUGGGAAGUUGGAGCGCGUUCAGAAAUGUGCCAUCAAGAACCUCCAUCGCAACACCUCAUUUCUCGACGUCGAACCAAUCAAGGCCGAUGAAUUCAUUGAGCGUCGUGACAGGCUGGCCAAGGCACUGGUUGCCGAUGGUGUGGACGCUUUUGUGCUGGAGCCUGGCUAUACUUUUCAGUACUAUGGAAACAUCUCCCAGCAGGACUGGGAACCGUGGGAGCCUGAAGAACGACCUUUUCUCAUGCUCAUCCUCCCACAGACCUCCCCAACCGGCGAGAUUGUCGCCAAGACUUCCUUCCUUGCACCCCAUUUCGAGGAAGGCCGCGUGCGCAUGCUGGGAAUCCCGUCGCGAGACAAGGAGCUCGACAUAGUCAUCUGGGAAGAGCACUGGAACCCGUACAAGACCCUGAUGGAAUCCCGCCUCUUUCCCGAUCCCGAGACCCCCACAGGCAAGCCGACCCCCAAACCAAAGCUCAUGAUGGACGAGGAGAUUCGCGACUUUAUCGUGCGUGGUUUGGACUCGGCCGGAUUCGAGACGGUCGCCCUGGGCCCACAGGCCGAUCUGGUGCGGCAGCUCAAGAGCCCCGCCGAGGUGUCCCUCCUGCGCGCCGUCAACACGGGCACCGUCGAAGCCGUCCGCGCCAUGCGUCCCUGUCUCGAGCCCGGCCUGACUGAGGACCAGGUGCGCGACGUGCUCGACGCGUCCCUGCUCUCGGUCGGCUUCGGUCUGUUCUUCAACAUUGUGCUGUUUGAGGAGCACGGCGCCCUCCCGCACGGCGGGUUCGUCACGGGCUGGAAAAGGGUCACCCCCGAGUCCAUGAUCGUCAUCGACGUGGGCGCCCACUACCUGGGCUACAGCUCCGACAUUUGCCGCAGCUUCUUCAUCGACCCGCCCCAGACGGCUUCGUUCCGGACCAAGGCCGCAGAGGCGGCGGGGUGGACGUCCAAGGGCCGCACUGCCAGCGACAGCCUCCGCGCCGAAAAGAACCACGUCUGGGAGGUGGUCUUUGCCGCGCAGACGGCGGCCGCCCACGCGUUCAAGGCCAACGGCACCGCGGCGGAUGUGGACAUUGCAGCACGCACCGUCAUCGAGGAGGCAGGAUACGGCGACGCUUUUACGCACCGGCUGGGUCACGGCAUCGGCAUCAAGGCCCACGAGCCGCCAUACCUCAACAAGUGGAACACGGGGGCGAUUCUGAAGCCGGGCAUGACCUUUACCAACGAGCCGGGAAUCUACCUGGAGAACAGAUUUGGCGUGCGGCAUGAGGACAUUUACCUUGUCAAGGAGGAUGGAGAGGCCGAGCUUUUGACGGGGCGGCGGGCUCGGGGGCCGUAUGACCCAUGAUGGGUUGUGAAUCUGUGUGGUUGUUGCAGUCUAGCUCUAGAUGUUUAAAUCGCGUGACUGGGCGACGUGGGUAGGUUGUCAAGGAGCUAUAUUUCUCGUAGCAACCAUCACAAUUUUAGUUCUAGUAUUUACUGUGUAUAUACGUCCACACUAAGCACCUUGACAGUCUUGACAGUCUUGACUUGAGAUUGCUUGUUCCCAGCUUUCGCACAAUACCCAGGUUCAGUCUCCC